AUGCCCUCUCUCGAGCCAUACUUCCACGCCGCCCAGCUCGACAUCGUCGUCCCGGUGGGUGGUGUUGCGCCUCCACCGUCCGACGCCCGUGAGCGUGCGGCAUGGUGGGCGGGCGUGACGGCGCAACCCGGGCGCGAUACAGUGUUCCUCGACGAGAAGGUGUCCUACGCCGUCUCGCUGCGCCUUCCCACCAACGCGCUCCCCACCAACGCGCUCCCCACCAACGCGCUCCCCACCAACGCGCUCCCCACCUCCAGUCCCAAUCCCAGUCCACCAGGGACACCCCCCGAACUCUCCGCCCUCACGAAACACCUGCAUAUGACGGCCACCGUGUCGUUCCUGCCUCCCCUUGGCCCUCCAGUGGGCUUUGAGAGACGGGGUAGCCUCGCACCGCCCCCGCCAGUGGGCAAGGAUACAACGCCCCCGCCAGUGGGAAAAGAUACAACGCCGAAGGGAUCGCCGACGAAACAACGGCCGUCGCCUAUCUCCCCCCCGCGGUUGGCGACCCCACAAGCCGCGGCCGGGACACAUGCUGGUUUGACGCUCAAUCUCCCCAAUAUCCCUCUUCCUCACACCCCUCACACCCCCCACGCCAUCCCGCCCACCCCUACGUCUGCCGCACACCAACCCAGCCGGCCGCCCGUCACCGAGAGUGGUGUGGGUGGACCACCCCUCACGCCCCGGCCUGUGCCUGCCAUGUCACCCGGCGCCGAGGAAUACGCUGAUUUGGAAGGGGUGACAGUAUGGGAGGGCGAGGUGGCUGUCGACGGUAGCCGUCCUACCCUCGUACACACCGACGAGGGGUGGGUUGCUGUCUGGGUCGGCGAGAUGAAUGUUGUGUAUGUCCGCACACAAAUCGCCAACCCCGUACUAGGGAUCACGGCCUCGGCUACACUGCGCGCCAAGCCCCGCAAGGUCGUUUCGGAUACUGCCAGUAUCCGGUCUGUUGCUACGACAGCCAGCGUGCAGACGGAAGAUGUUGGCGUCGACGACGGCGACGACGACGAGGAGGAGCAUAUCGACCUCGCGCACAUGGAGGAGGUCGAUCUGUUGGGAGGAUUGGCUGCGACCCCGGUGCCGUCGUCGCGCCUUGGACCUACGCUUAUGGAGGACAUGUCCAUUUCGAUCCCGCCGAGCAGAACACCCCGACCGCAGUCUAUCCCCUCGGCCGCGCCGAUACAACUAUCGGUCAGCGCCGGCACGACCAUGCGCAAGUCGUUCCGUCGCGUGCUGGGACUCUCCCCGGGUCUGCGGGUGCGCAUGCGCACCCUCUUCCUCCCACAGCUCCUCCCGCCUGGGGCGGCAGCUGACGAGUCAGAGGACAGCGUUGAGCGUAAAAUUGUCGUCUGCGUCGAGAUUGAGAACGGCGCCGAUUCGAGUGAAUACGCAUUCGAGGUGGAGCAGGUGGCUGUCGAGGUUGGAGGUAAGGGAGCCAAGGCGACGGCCGAGCUCGUCUGCCAGCCAGGAACGACAGUGCGCAAGCCUAGCUCGUCAUCGCCGCCACGUACACCAGCUCCAGAUACCGUGUUCCCGCUCCAGCUCGCUGCGCACGAGCAGUACAACCUGCUGUACGCAGUGACGAUCGCGUCGUCGCCCGGAUCGACCGAGGUCGCGCGACACAAGGGUGAGGAGAACCGGGUCGUCGCGAUUGUCCUCACUGGCCGCCCCUACCGCCUCGAGUCUGGGGCCAAGACGUUCCCCACAGCCCCCUUCCACAGCAGGUGGAACUGCAACCUCGAUCUCGGCCCGUUCUACUCGACGCUUCCGCCCGCCCCGCCGCCUCCUCCUGCGCCAAAGCAGAACCGACCAACUCUCAAGGUCGCUGCGCCGACUCUGAACGCUAUUGCAGGUGACAGGCGGUACGCGUUAGCCAACCUCCUCCCAGACGACAGGCGGGUAGUGACCAAUCCGGGGCGCCCGAACGGCCACCACCCAAGCCAGGUGGUCUCUGGGCGCGUCAUGAGCGGCCGCUACGCCGGCGACGGGCACGGUCUCCUCGUUUCUGUUCGCCUCCUCCCUGGGGAAGAGGGGGGAAUUGUACCAGCCCCUCUGACGCCAGACACGACGGGGACAAUCUACGCCCUCGACACAUUCAGCAUUGAGGUGUUUGUGCACAACCGCACCGACACGGUGCGGCGAUUCCGCCUCGCGGUUCCUGCGCGGGAAGCGGACACGCGUAUCCGCGACCUUUGGUCGGUGCGGCGGAGACGCCGUGCCGACGAGGCGACGUACGGUGUCGACGACGCGGUGCUCGGGGCCAUGUUGGCGCAAUACGAGGCUGCUGCACCGGCGCUGGUGGCUCUGGAGACUGACGUGCGGUGCGGCCCGCUGCUGCCUGGGGCGAGCCUGGCUGCGCGGAUCAGGUUCCUUGCGCUGCGGGAUGGGGUGCAUCGCAUCGAGCGGCUGCGGCUGACGGGCAUGGAGGGCGACUUUGACUUUGACAUCUCGCCAGUGCUCGAGGUGGUGGUUGCGGCGAGGUAG